AUGGCCGGCCCCAGUGCACCCACGCACCCCGACAUCAACAACAUCGCCACCAAGGCCGACUCCUACUGGGACGAUAAGUACGACGACGACGGCGAAGGCGAUGACGACAAUCCCCGGUCCUUCUGCGAGGCCGCGGCAUCGCGACAUUACAAACUGCUCUGGAUGGGCUCCACCGACUCGCCCCUCCCCAAGUCAGCUGUCCCCAACUCCGCGACGGACACUCGCUUGUCGCAGCCCAUAGAUGCGUGCGCCAUGCUCAGCUAUACCGUGCUCGGGUAUGCUCUGCCUCACUACGCCGUUUACACCACGCCCGCCCCGAGCCACCAUCACGCGCCCAUCGACAGACACGCGUCGAGCGCGUCGCGCGCGGCGUUCACGUCCGAGCACCACGCGCCAUGCUUAGCUAUAUUCACACCCAAACACCGCGUUCAACACUCACAUCCGACGCGGUACGCUCGAGCGGGCUGGGGACGCCCCGGUGGGAUCAGUUUGUUCUGCCUCGUCAUGCCGUUCACAAAACGCCUGCCGCCGAAUCGCGUGAACGCCUAG